AUGAGAAGAAUGUAUCUCCUGAAGGCUCUCUCGACCGGCGUGUGCAUUCUCGGCGGGCUUGUUGAGGCCCUUCGGGGCCGCGCUCACCACUUGGCCAAGAGGCAGGUUACCGAGCUCCGGCAAGAGUAUGACUUCGUCGUCGUCGGCGGUGGUACUGCCGGUCUGACAAUCGCAGACCGUAUUUCGGACGCCUUCCCCAUGAAGACCAUCUUAGUUAUCGAAUACGGCGAGAUUGAGGGGACCGUUGGCUACUAUGAUCCGCCCGAGGAUGGCCGUGGUGCUAGCCGCCUAGUCAUCACCUCUCCUCCUGUUGCUAGCGUCAAUAACCGCACGGCUACGGUCAUCCUUGGAAUGACUGUGGGCGGAGGAUCUGCCGUUAACGGCCAAUUCUUGGACCGUGGUUCCAGAUAUGACUACGACGAGUGGGCGCAUCUCGGUAGCCCCCAGUUCGAUGACAGCCCUGACACUUGGGACUGGGAGAACUUGGGCCCUGCCUUUAAGAAAUCCUUAUUCCUUACCGAACCCAGGGAAGAGCUAGCCCAGAAGUACGGCUACACUUGGGACGCCUCCGCUUACACCGGCGACUCCAUCGAGGCCUCUUUCCCACCCUUCCAGUGGCCUAUACAACGGAUCGGGUGGCAGGCUUUCGAGGAAUUCGGUCUCGAGACCCCCGUCACCUGCGACAACGGGGAUAAGCAUGGUGUCUGCUGGGUUCCCUCGGCCCAGAACUCCGAGACUGUCGAGCGGUCCCAUGCCGGUGUCGGACACUACCGCAGGAUUGCGAAAACCCGGCCCAAUCUUGACCUCCUAGUCGGGCACAAGGUCAUGCGGCUUAUAAUCGACAAGAACAUGGGCGCGCCCGCUGUUGAGUUCCGUCCCGUUGAAGGGGGAGAGGCCCGGACCAUCCGCCCCAAGCGUGAGGUCAUCCUGUCGGCCGGUGCCAUCCACACGCCCCAGAUCCUCCAGCGCAGCGGUAUCGCCUCAGCCGAGUACCUCGAGUCUGAGGGCAUCGAGCUCGUCGAGGACCUCCCUGGUGUUGGCCAGAAUUUCCAAGAUCACUGUGCUACGCCCAUCACCUACUCAUACGAUGCUCUUUUCCCUGCCGAAGCCGAUGUCACGAACAACGCUACCUACGCUGCCGAGGCUGUCGCUCAGUUCCGUGAGAGACCUGCUCGUGGCCCUUACACUCUCGCCAUGGGUAACAGCGCGGCCUACGUCGCCCUCCAGAACGUCACCCCCGAGUGGAAGCGGAUCGUCGCAAGCAUCCGUGCCCAGAUCGAGGACCGCUCCGCUCUCCAGUAUCUCCCCGCUGGCGCCACCGGGGCCGUCAUUGAGGGCUACCUCGCUCAGCUCGAGGUCCUCGCCCAAGCCUUCGAGCACCCCGAGCACCCCAUCCUCGAGAUGCCCUUCCACGCGGAUCCCGGAAUCGCCUUCCUCCUCAAGCCCCUCAGCCGUGGCUCCGUCGUCCUGAACGCCACGGACCACGACUCCACCCCCAUUGUCAACUAUGCCACUGGCGCGAACCCCAUCGACCUCGAUAUCAUGGCCACUUACGUCGACUACGUCCGCCACCUGUACUCUGCCGACGUAUGGCAGGCGCAUGGCGCCGUCGAGGUCGCCCCAGGUGCUGAUAUCACCAAGCACGACGCCCUCAUCGAGUACGUCAAGAGCACCGUCAUCCAGUCACUUAUGCACCCUUGCUGCACGGCUACAAUGCUGCCCCGUGAGAAGGGCGGCGUCGUCGACUCGAGCCUUUCUGUCUACGGCAUCUCGGGCCUCCGUGUUGCCGACUGCUCCAUCAUCCCUACCAUCCCUGCUUCCCACACUACCACGACAGCGUACGCCAUUGGCGAGAAGGUGAUUUAG